AUGGCACGUGGUCCAAAACAUCAUUUAAAGCGUCUCAAUGCCCCAUCCCACUGGAUGUUAGAUAAACUUACUGGUACUUGGGCUCCAAAACCAAGUGCUGGUCCACACAAGACUCGUGAAUGUUUACCACUUAUGGUUUUCAUCCGUAACAGAUUAAAGUACGCUUUAACUAAGAAGGAAGUUGUUAGUAUCCUUAUGCAACGUCUUGUUAAGGUCGAUGGUAAGGUCAGAACUGAUGCUACCUACCCAGCCGGUUUCAUGGAUGUCAUCACUAUCGAAAAGACUGGUGAAAACUUCCGUCUUCUCUUCGAUACCAAGGGUCGUUUCACUAUCCAUAGAAUCACUGCUGAAGAAGCUAAGUACAAGCUCUGCAAGGUCAAGAAGGUUCAACUCGGUGCCAAGGGUAUUCCAUACAUGGUCACCCACGAUGGUCGUACUAUUCGUUACCCAGAUCCUUUAAUCAAGGUUAACGAUACCGUCAAGCUCGAUCUUGAAACCGGUAAGGCUGCCGAAUUCAUUAAGUUCGAACCAGGUAACCUUUGCUGCAUUACUGGUGGUCACAACGUCGGUCGUGUUGGUGUUAUCACUCACCGUGAACGUCACCAAGGUGGUUUCGAUAUCAUUCACGUUAAGGACUCUCUUGAACGUACUUUCGCCACUCGUUCCUCAAACGUUUUCGUUAUCGGUAACGGUAGCCAAACCUGGAUUUCUCUUCCAAAGGGUAAGGGUGUCAAGUUAACCAUUACUGAAGAAAGAGACCGCAGA